CCCGGAGACAAUCUGACGUGUUUGUUCCUGUGUUUCACAACCAAAACCAAUACCCAGCCCAUUUCGCGUGUUUCGUACGAAAAACAGCUAAACAUGAAUGGUCGUAUCAAAUAUUGAUCACAAGUUCGCAGACGACUCGAAGCCAGCGUUCCUGCUCUUGGGCUAUAAUGACGAUCGACUGGAGCCUGUUGAGGAAACUCCAUAAACAAGCGACUCGAUGCCGGAGCGCGCUGACGUUUUAAAACUCUCACCCACUGAGGAUUUUCGUCACGGCCUCAUGCCCAACUCUUGGAAACUCAUUCAGGUCAAGUGAGAAAAAAGUGAUACGCACUUAACUACGCACAAUCCCGAACAAAUUCAUUAUUGUGUCUUUAUUACCUAUUUGGUGACGAUCAUUCAGAGGUUUCACAAUGUUUUAUUCAUCAGUGACGUUGCGAUAUGCGGUGUGUGUGAUUGUUUUAGGCCUGUGCGGUGUGCUGGCAGGGGACGAACCCCGGGACAAACGGGUGGCCAAGUGCGGCCACUGUGACGUGGAGGAUUGUAGGCCCGUCACAGACUCCUGUCCCGAAACCCACCGGAUUCUGGAUAGCUGUAACUGCUGCAAUGUCUGCAGGUCGGACCAACAUCCGGCUAAACUCUUAAAAAUCAAACGAGAUGUCGUGUGCAGUAAAGUGAAAUGCCCAAGGGGCCAGAUGUGUGUGCUGAAUAUCCAAGAUCUCCCAGUGUGUCGAUGCCCGAGCAAGCUGUCCUGCCCCCGGAAACAGAGGAAGUUCUGUGGAAAGAAUGGCGUCACAUACAAGUCAAGGUGCCUGCUCAAAGUGGACGAAUGUUCUUCGGGAAAGAAGAUCCGAAUAGCGCACAAGGGUCCCUGCCCCGGGUAUGAAAAGAUUGAGGCUGAGGAGAGACAGGCCGAGAGACAGGCCAGGAGGGCAGAGAGAUUGGCCAGGCGGGCGGAGUUGUGGAAGAUACGACAGGCUAAGGGGAAGGGCAGGGGAAAGCGAAGGAAAGCCAAGUUUUAUCGCGGGAGGAUUUAGAAGUGGAAAGCGGGACCGAUAUUUGACGACCUUCAAUUCGAUUACAAACUACAGUGAUGGCGCUCGGCUAUGUGAUAUUCGAGGCCGGAAAAUCCGAAGAUAAAAAAUUAUGAUUGGACAGCUCUUACAAAAUCAAAACCACAUUGGGAAGACACCAAUACCUCUCUGGUGUAAUUUGAACGCUUAGCGGGACGGUUCAAAGCUGAGCAGCCUCAAGAAAAAAGGGAAUGAAGGCUUUGUGCUAACACACCAAAUCGCGGAUCGAAUCGUAGUGCUGUGAUGACAUGUUAGCUCUCACAAAUUGUGUGCACAUGUGAUUUUAAAUACAAAUCAGGCAAUUAUGAGCAAACACAGGCCACCCUAUAGCGGCCUUGCUAUCACUGUCAGGGUAACAUCAUGAAUGCUUUCCCAAUGACAUAGAAUAUAAUCAAAAGGUUGUGAUAUAUCAAAUGAGAUUACGUGUGAUUGGAAGAUAAAUUAGAUUAGAACAGUACUUAAAAUAGUAUGUGACAAUAAGCCAAAGGGCGAAGUGUAUAUUGUGACGGCUCGGCGACUUCGCCGCCCGUGUUCCUUCUACGUCUUUUUUCACUUUUCGCAUUUUCGGGAUAACAUUUAUUUUGUGACGGCAGGAAAAGGUAAAGGUUUGUGAGCAGAAAGGAUUCGUUUGGUGUUGAAAGUUCAUAACGAGAGUUCAACUAAAUGAGGUUAAUGAAUAAAAAACAUUUACCUGGUUUUAAAGAUUUAAAA